UUUAUGAAAACGUUGAAGUAACGCUGCGUUAUUCCGCAUCCGACGGCGCCCGCAGAACAUACAGUUGUGUUUUUCCAAGAGAACUCGAAAUUUKCUGUGACGCUGUCUCGCAGUCUCGCAGAAGAGUUUAAACUGGGUGGCCGCGUCUGCUCAUCUUUUUUUCUCGUGUAUACGCACUACCUACAAAUAUAUUUUAUUCAUUAUUUUUGAUAAAGUUAGCUUACUGCAUUUUUGUGUUCGUUGUCUGAUCUGUACGAUUUUUUUUCCCUAAUCGAUUUAUUGUUUAAACAUUUUUUUUUUCUCAACCGCCCGUAACGUGCUUGCUAGACUCACCUGCAGUUGUUUCGUGUGUCCAGACUUAAGAGCAGUGUCACCAUACUAUCGCUCGGGCUGACGUCCCUCAACUCCGGCGAGUAACCGUAGCUGCACCGUCGACUUCGGCGGCGGUGCCCGCUGGACAUCUCGCCGCCACACAGAUCAUCUGGCCAUGCCUCCUCGAUCCCGAACGAAGAAAGCCAUGCCGGCCAAGAAGGUCGAAAACGCCAAGAAUGCCGAGAAGGGKAAGAAGACCGAAAAGGCUAAGGAGGCCGAGAAGCCUAAGAAAGUUAAGAAGAUGUUCGAUUUCAAGAAACCCAUAAUGCCGCCUCAAGAUCCGACUCCAUUUUCAAUAGGUGAGGAAGUAUAUUGCAAUUGGAACAAAUUUUAUUACCGAGGAAAAAUUUUGAAACAUACUGAAGAUACUGAUUAUUUUUCAAUCCAUUAUUGGAAAUUUCGCAAAUCUUGGGAUAUGCCAUUACAUCGGAAGUCAAUACUUAGAUUUGAUAAUAAGAAAAAUGCAGCAUAUGUUAAAAGUUGCAAUGCCUAUGAGAGACAUGUAAAAGCCGCUACGGAACAAGUAUACAGGAAUUUAAAAAAAUGUUUACCAGUUGUAAAAUUGGAUCUUUUACAAUUCGAUCCUACCACAUGUAGGAUUAUUGUUCGUGAAGAUGGAAAUAUUCAACAUCUACCAAAAGAAUCAAUUACAACUAUAUUACCUGAAAUUAAAGUUGAAUCUCCUGCAGUAAAUAAAGAAUUAUUUUUAUCCUCUGAACAAGAAGAAAAUGUUCAAUCAAUAUCACUUGCAGUUAGUGACAACAAUUUAAACACUGAAGUAACUUUAUUAUCUUUAAGCCCAAUACUUGAGGAAGUACAAGAGUCGAAGAUAGAUAAAAACUUGACACAACUCUUGGAUACUUUUUCUACAAAAGAAAAAGUUGCCAUAAAUAUCUUGGAUAAAAUGCUAUCCAAGACAAAACUUCAAAACAAUGUGACUCAAAAUUAUGAAGAUUUUACAUCCAAUCAUAAAUCUAUUUUGAAUGAAUGUAAUCCUUUUGAAAUAGCAAGUUCAUCAAAAAUAACAGUCAUGUCUAAUAAUAAAAGGAAAGCAAAUGACUUUGAUGAAGAUAUUAUUGAUGAACAUGAUAACAUAAAAAAAAUAAAAUUGCUUAAGAAAAAGUCAGGUGCAGAUAGUCUUGAACAGGACAUUAUUGAUUCUCAUUUAGAGCUUGCAUCUGAUAAUAAUAGUUUUGAUUUGAAUAGACUAAUUCAAACUAAUUCUAAUAGUUCAUCCUUACAAACUAUGUUAAUUAAUAAUCAUGAAAAUAAAAAUAUGAACGUAGAUGAUAAUGUAAAUAAAUCGAAAGUACAAAUUGAAAAUGAGGAUAAUACAACAAAGAAUUUUAAUGACAAAGAUGCUAUAGUAAGUGACAUUAGUGUUCCACUAUGUGAGUCAAUCAUUGAGAAGGCAUUUAACGAUCAUGAAGAUGCAACUACUGAAGAUGCUGAAGACUAUAAUUAUUUGAUAUUAAAUGAAUUUAAACAAUCAAGGAGCAAAUAUUUCAAUGAAAUAGUAGUUGAAGGACAAUCUGAAGAUAAUGAGCAACAUAUUUCAAAUGUGGACGAUGAUGAUGCUACAACUUCAAAGGACUAUAAAAUACAGUCCCAUAGUUUACAAAAUCAGUCUGAUGACAGUGAAGAACACAUUUCGCUAGUUGACAAUGAUGAUGCUACAACUUCAAAGGACUGUAAAAUACAGUCCCAUAGUUUACAAAAUCAGUCUGAUGACAGUGAGGAACACAUUUCGAACGUGGACGAUGAUGAUGUUACAACUUCAAAGGACUGUAAAAUACAGUCCGAUGGUUUACAAACUCAGUCUGAUAACAAUGAAAACCACAUUUCAAAUGUGGAGUUUCAAAAUGCAUCAACUUCCAAUGAAGGUGUUGCAUUUCAGUCUUAUAAUUUUAGCAAUCCAAUGGGUGUUUCAAUUGAAAAUGACUUAACAAUACAAAUUGAUGAUUUCCAAGAAGAAAUUAUAAUUUCUGAAACCGAGGAUCAAUUAAUAUUGGCUGAUCAACAAGAUUCAAUUAAUUCAUACACUGAUUCAGUGGUUGAUAAAUCAAGUUAUGAAUUAAAUAACCACUCAAAUGAAAUGGAAAGUAUGCUAAAAUAUAAUUCAAAUUUUAUUAUAUCAGACGGGUCCUUACAUGAAACUGAUACUGCUGAAAACAAUACAUGCUUUGAAACUGAUUAUUUUGAAGAGGUUACAACUUCCAAUUCUAAAGAAAAAUCAAUGUUUGACAAUCAACUACAUCUUAUUGAUUCAAAUUAUGAUGCAGUUGGUAAUAAAUCAAAUAAUAGUCAACUGAAAAAUGUUACAGCUGAUGAAUUCAAGAAAGAUAUGUCAAUGACGUUUCAACAUUUUUUUAACCCAUUCAAUGUUUCAACUAGUAAACCAUGUUGUCUUAUUAAUUCUUGUUUUGAAAGUAUUAAUAAAAAUCCAGAUCACAUCACAAAAGUUAAUUUCAAAGAUUUGUCAACAGGCAACCAGAAGAGUUUAAAUUUUAGUCAAAGAAAUACUGAAAAUGUACACAACUUAAAUGCUUCUAUAAAACAGGAAAUUAUUUUGAAUGAACCUUCCAUCAAUCUUGAGGGUAAUUUUGUUGUUGAUAAUGGAGAUAAUGAAAAUAUUGACAGUAAUCAAUCUAAUAAAGUAGCUUUCAUUUUUUCUAGAAGAACUUUAUCAAAUACUACAGAUAAUUUAGAUGAAAUUAAUGAAGUAAAACUGGAAAAUUUGAUCGAAAUAGAAGUUAUUUUUACUUCUGAAGAUAGUCUUGAUCAUACAAAACAAUCACGUCAUGUGUCCAAUGAUAAACCUACUUUAGAAAAAAAUGAUUUUUCUAAAUUUGAAAGAUUAUCAUCAACUACUCUAACUACUUUUGAAAAUAAUCAAACAAAUGAAACUACUGCCAAUCUAACGUUUGAUAAAAAUUGUAAUUCAUCAUUAUCCUCAUCAAGAACAAUGUCAAUCAGUACAGAGAAAAUAAAUUAUUAUGAUGAUAAAGCUAAUACAGAUUUCAUAUCAAAUGAUAGUUGUAUUUUAAACAAAAGUAAUGAUCUUGAUACUGGGAAUUCUUCAAGUUCAUCAAUGUCAGCAAAUGUGAUGAUCAAAAAAAGAAAAAGAAAACAUCAUAAAAAUAAAAAUACUGAUGGAAUAGAUCAUGUUUGGAGAGUAAAAGCAUCAACAUCAACAACUAAGUCAAAAAAUAAGAAUAUUUAUAAAAAAUACAAACCAACCAAGGGAGAAGACAAUGUUCGAAAAGUUAAAGUUUCAAAAUCAACAAAUGAGUCAAAAAAUAAGAAUAUUUAUGAAAAAUACAAACCAACCAAGGGUCUAGCAGUUAGUUACAUAAAAAAAACAAACCUAUAUACAAAACUUCUUAAAAGCAAAUCUAAGGAUCUAUGUAUAAAUUCUGAUGAUAAUGAUAUGGUUGUUACAAACAAUGCAAAAGAUCUUACUUCUAACAAUAGCUUUGAUUUAAACCAAAUUGAUGAUUACGAAACUGGCUGUUCUUCAAGCUCGUCAACAUAUGUGCCUAAUGAAAAAAAUAAAUUUAAUGAUCGUAAAAGUGAAAAUUCUGAUGGUCAUAUUCAUAAAAUAAAAGAAUAUCCAACAACACCAAUAACCCACCUAAAUAUUCAAAAUAUUUAUAACAAAAACAAAGCUACUAAGGUAGUUGAUAAAUUAAAAAAAUCACAAUUAUAUGAAAAAUAUACUAAAAGCAAGUCCAAGGAAUUGAAAAUUAAUGCUGAUAAAUAUAAUUAUUUUGAUACAGGCUAUAAUCAAGAUAUUGCAACUGAUACCUCUCCUGUAAACGAAAACCAUCGAUCUGAAGUUUGUGGUAUUUCAAGGUCAUCAACAUCAACUAAAGUGACAAAUAAAAAAAAGAAAAUUAAAGAAAAUAAAUCAGAAAUUACUGAUGGAGAAGAUAAUUUUUGGAGACCAAAAGCAUCUUCAUCAACAAUAAAGUCAAAUGAUAAGAUUUUACAUGAUGGAAACAAUAAAUCAACUGAAUCUCUAUCGGUUAAUUAUUUGAAAAAAAUAAAAGCUCAAGAGAAACUUCUAAAAAGCAAAUCCAAAGAUUCAUUAAAAAUGAAUAAUAAAGAUCGUUUUGAAAAUGACUACCAAGAAGAUGAUAGAUCUAAUGAAAGUUGUAUUACAAAUCAAAGCAAUCAAAUCGAAGCUUGUAGUUCCUCAAGUUCAUCUACAUUAAAAAAUGUUACAAAUAAAAAAAAUAAAGCUAAUCAUUGUGAAAGUGGAACUUCUGAUGGAGAAGAUGAUUUUAGGAGACUAAAAGCAUCAACAUCAUCAGUGUCUAACAAUAAGAUAAUAUACAAUGAAGAUGGUAAAUCAGCUGAGAGUAUACCAGUGAAUUAUUUAAAAAAAUCUAAAGCUUAUAAAAAAUGUCUUAAAAGAAACUCUAGAGAUGAUUUUAUUACCAUUAAUAAAGAUAACAUUGUAACUAACUAUCAACAAGAUAUAGUAUCAAAUGAAAGUAAUCAAUCUGAAGUUUGCAGUUCGUCAAUCUUAACAAAUGUGACAACUAAAAAAAAGAAAACUAAAAACCAUAAAAAAUAUGUUUCUGAUGAAGGUCGGAGAGGAAAAACAUUAACUUCCGAGUCAGACAAAAAGAUUAAUUAUGACAAAGAAAGAAAAUCAACUGAAGGUCUAGGAGUUAAUUAUUUAAAACAAAUAAAUUUGUAUCAAAAACUUCUAAACAGCAAGUCUAGAGAUGCAGUUUUAAAUGAUGAAAAAGAUAAUUUUGAAGAUAACUACCAAUUCAAAGAUGAAAAAUCUAAUUAUAGUCUUAUUAUGAAUCAAAGUCAUCAAAUUGAAGAUUAUAGUUCUUCAAGUUCAUCAAUAACRAAUGCCAUAAAUAAAAAAAAGAAAACUCAAUAUUGUGAAAGUGGAACAUCUGAUGAACAUUUUUCAAGAUCAAAAGCAUCAACAUCAACUACAGAGCCCAAUGAUAAGAUUAAACUUAAUGGAAUCAAUGAAUCAACCAAGUUGCUACCUGUUAAUUGUUUAAAAAAAUUAAAAGUUCAUGAAAAACUUCUAAAAAGCAAGUCUAAAGAUUUGUUACAAAUUGAUAAUAAUGAUUAUUUUCAUGCUGACWAUCAGCUAGAUGUAAUAUCUAACGAAAGUAAUCAAUCUGAAGCUUGCAGUUCAUCAAUCUCAGCUCACUCAACAGCUAAAGGAAAAAGAACUGAGGAACAUAAAAAUGUUAUUUCUGAUGUAGGAGAUAAUUUUUGGAGAGGAAAAACAACAACCGAGUCAAAUAAUAUGGUUAUGUUUGUCAGAAGAAGUGAAGCAAUUGAGCGUCGUGGAGUUGAUCACAAACACAAGUCAAAAGUGUUUAAAAAAUAUACAAAGAAAAAAUCAAGUGAUGUAGAUUUAAAUAGUGACAGCGAAGUUAAUUUAGUUGGUGACUCUCUACUAGAUUUAACUUCCAAUAGUCUUACUUUGAAUAAUAGUAAUCUUUCUGAUACUACUACUUCAACAAUAGAAACAACUGUCUUAAUCAAUAAGAAGAAAAUUAAUAACAGUACAAAUAAAGUUACUGAUGGAGUUAAUUGUGUCAAAGAAGUAAGAGAGCUUAAAGGUGAUAUUAAAAAGAAAUCGCAUGUGGUAGAUAUUCUCCCUGACAAAGAUGAUAAAGUGAUUAAUAACUAUCAACCAAUUCCCAAAUUAAAUAAUGGAAAUUGGUCAUGUGGAAGUGCAAGUUCAUCAAAUUCAGUAGSAUUGUCAAAUAAUCAAAUAGAAUCUGAUGAUGAUGCACAUACUACAGAUGACGAUGAUCACUAUGUUAAAAACAGAAAAAUUUCUAAAAAUAAACCUUUUGAUGAUGUAGACCGUGGUAUUUUUGAAGCUUUUGGAUAUGAAAAACUAUAUUCAAGAGCUGCAAAGGUAAAAGCUAAUGAAGCCAUAUCGUUGAUGAGUAAGCCACUCAUCAACAAGGAUAAGAAAAAUGAUGUUGUAAAACGAUCUAAGAAUGGCAAGAAGAACAAUGAAUUUAUUAAUCCACGGAAUGGCAUGAUGUCAUUGGAAGACUACAACGUGAAGUUGCCAAAGUUUGCUUAUGCAAUAUUAAUCCUAGACAAACAUAUGCUUGAAGAUGAUCGUUGUAUUUCAAUAGUACCUUCAUGUACAAACGUGCACACAAUUAUGAAUGAAUACGUAGCUGAAAAUAGCACUAGUCGGCAGGAUAUGGCUAAGAUCAUGCUAGAAGCAUUUAACCGUUCGUUGUAUUUGUGGUUGUUACAUCCACUUGAAAGGCCUAAACAUAAUGAUGUUAUACUUACCAAUGUUGGUAAAUCCAUGUGCCAUAUCUAUGGACUUCCUCACUUUCUCCGAUUUGUCAUGAAACUGCCCAAAUUUUUCCACAUGGUGAAGGACAAAAUGAAUAAUUUUGUACCUGAUGCUGUUGAAUUUAUUAAAGGAUUUCUUAGUUUUAUAGAGCAAAAAUAUGAGCAUAUCUAUAUGAUGAAUUAUGAUUGUAUAAUGCCCUAUGAAUAUAGAAAGGCAUACUAUGUGUAACUUUUCCCCUCUUGGAAUGAUACAGUCUGUCGCAACUAAUUGUUGUUCAUUACACAUACUUAGAUAAUAGUUUAUUACUCUGUACAAUUUUUUUUAUACAUACAAUGUAAUUUAUUUACCUUUUUUUACCUUAAUUUUAUUACUUAAUAUUAUUUGUCAAGUAUAAAAUAGGUUACUCUUUUGAUAUAUAUAUUUAAAUUAAUAUUUAUUGUUUCCAAUAAAAGCAUUUUUUCUAUUGUAAUAAAUACAAUGGCUUUAUAAGUAUAGUACUC